AUGGCAGGCAUUGGUCCUCGGGACGAGGUCCACGACGUCGAAACCGUUGAUUAUGCAUUGAAGAAUAUCGAAAAGACUGCCGACGGCUCGGCCGUAUCUGACUCCGAGCAGGGUCAUGUCGAAAGGGUCAACUUGAACAACAACGUUUCUGCCAAGAUCAAGAACCCUCUCGCUGAUCUCAGCCCCCAUCACGUCCUUCGCGAUGUCAAUGACUUCGCGCAGACUCAUGGGCUGACCGACAUCCUUCCUGUAUUGAAGAAAGGCGCUCUCGUCGCGCGUGACCCGGCCAACUACACCAGUGUCGAAGGCUUGACCCACGAAGAGUCUGAGGCCAUUCGAAAUGAGGUCCUUCACAAGUGGAGACAGCCCUGGGCGCUAUACUUUACCAUUAUCCUUUGCUCAAUUGGUGCCGCCGUCCAAGGUUGGGAUCAAGAGGGCUCCAACGGUGCCAACUUGUCUUUCCCCGAUGCUCUUGGAAUCCCCGAAAAGGGCCCUCAAGCUUCUCGUAACCAAUGGCUUGUCGGCGUUGUGAAUGCUGCUCCUUACAUUGGUGCUGCCGGCAUUGGCUGCUGGUUCUCCGACCCCCUCAACCGUCUUAUCGCUCGUCGCGGUACCAUCUUCGUCUCUGCUAUUUUCUGUGUCCUCGCCCCCAUCGGCGGUGCGGUCGCUCAGACCUGGCCUCAACUUUUCGUCACUCGAAUUCUUCUCGGAAUCGGCAUGGGCUUGAAAGCCUCCACUAUCCCCAUCUUCUGUGCAGAGAACACCCCCGCUAGUAUUCGAGGAGGUCUUGUCAUGUCAUGGCAACUGUGGACUGCGUUCGGUAUUUUCUUGGGAUGUAGUGCCAACCUGGCUGUGAUGAACACGGGAGAUAUCUCGUGGCGUCUGCAGUUGGGUUCUGCGUUCAUUCCUGCUGUUCCCCUGCUUGUUGGUGUCUAUUUCUGCCCGGAAUCUCCUCGUUGGCACAUUCGGAACAACAAUAUGCGCAAAGCAUAUGCUUCUCUCCUACGUCUUCGUAACCAUGAGAUCCAAGCUGCGCGUGAUCUUUACUACAUCUACGCCCAGAUCCAGGUCGAGAAUGAAAUCAUUGGCAAAAGCAACUACCUCACUCGCGCGAUUGAAUUGUUCACCAUUCCUCGCGUCCGCCGAGCCACUUUGGCCUCCUUCGUGGUCAUGAUUGCCCAACAAAUGUGCGGUAUCAACAUUGUCGCCUUCUAUUCUUCCUCCAUUUUCAGCCAUGCCGGAGCUAGCGCCACCUCAUCCAACUGGGCUUCUUGGGGUUUCGGUCUAGUCAACUUUGUCUUUGCUUUCCCCGCUAUCUUCACUAUUGACACUUAUGGUCGUCGUGCAUUGCUUCUGUUUACCUUCCCGAACAUGGCAUGGACUCUUCUUACGGCCGGAUUGUGUUUCUUGUUGCCGGAUGGUAGUACCAAGCAAUUGGCCUGCGUCGCUCUGUUCGUGUACCUGUUCGCCGCCUUUUACUCGCCCGGCGAAGGACCAGUGCCGUUCACAUACUCGGCUGAAGUGUUCCCCCUCUCGCAUCGUGAGGUUGGUAUGUCGUGGGCUGUUGCUACCUGUCUAGGUUGGGCCGCCGUUCUCUCGAUCACCUUCCCUCGUAUGCUCAACGCCAUGACUCCUACUGGAGCCUUUGGUUUCUAUGCCGGUCUCAACGUCACCGCUCUAGUGAUGAUCUUUUUCUGGAUGCCUGAGACCAAGCAGCGUACUUUGGAGGAGCUCGAUUACAUCUUUGCGGUGCCCACUCGUCGCCACAUGAGCUACCAACUUCGCACUGCAUUGCCGUACUGGUUCAAGCGAUAUGUCUUGCGCCAGAAUGUGAAGCUCGAGCCUUUAUACCACUUCGACCACAUUGCUACUGCCGAGGAAAUUGUGCAGGUGUCGGCUAAGUAGGAUGUCGGUGCUGUCAGACUAAAUCAUGGUUAGGGUUGGGUUGGGUUGGCCUUGUUUGAAUGACUGUAUGAUCUUAAUGCUCUGAAAUCUUUGCUUUUUGGGCUGUGCCAUUCAUAUUAUACCCUUAUAUGGACAGAGUACGCCAUUCCAAUACAAUUGAUCAUUUU